CGCCACGCUGCUUCUGCCUCUGGGAGUUGAAGUUUCCGGAGGACUCACGAGCGGCAGUGAAACCACUCCAGAAAGGCUUUCUGAGCACACAUUCCCUAUCAACUACUCGUCUCGGUAAAUACGGCACUGAGGAUGGCGCUUGCUUGUUGUUUGCUUUCCUUCCCGAUGAAAAGCUGAGCGUUGCCAUGCUGCCCCUCCACUGGGCAAGAAGGGCUUCCGGAGGAGAGGGGAGCCGACCCGUAGACACCACAUAAUGUCAUCUGAAAUGUUGCCAGCCUUUAUUGAGACUUCUAAUGUAGAAAGAAAGCACGACUUAAGUGAAGAUCAAGAGGAGAAACAAAAGACAAGAUUAGAUGAAGGGAUUGAAUCAAUAUCUAAACGACAAAUGAAGAAGCUAAUAAAACAGAAACAAUGGGAAGAACAACGAGAACUCCGCAAACAAAAGCGGAAAGAAAAACGCAAGAGAAAGAAAUUAGAGCGACAAUGUCAACUGGAAUUGCAUUCAGAUGGAAAUGACAGAAAACGUGUUCGAAGACAUGUUGUACUUAGCACACUCCGCCUUAUCAUUGAUUGUAGUUUUGAUGAUUUGAUGGUAUUAAAGGACAUUAAGAAACUUCAUAAGCAGAUCCAGCGAUGUUAUGCAGAAAACCGACGAGCACUGCAUCCUGUGCAGUUUUACUUGACAAGCCAUGGAGGCCAACUGAAAAAGAACAUGGAUGAAAAUGACAAAGGAUGGGUCAACUGGAAGGAUAUCCACAUCAAACCAGAGCACUAUAGUGAAUUCAUAAAAAAAGAAGACCUGGUUUAUCUUACAUCAGAUUCACCUAAUGUACUGAAAGAAUUAGAUGAAUCAAAGGCCUAUGUGAUUGGAGGAUUAGUAGAUCACAAUCAUCACAAGGGAUUCACAUAUAAGCAAGCAUCCGAUUAUGGGAUUGAUCAUGCCCAGCUCCCCCUUGGAAAUUUUGUGAAGAUGAAUAGUCGAAAAGUUUUGGCAGUUAAUCAUGUAUUUGAAAUUAUUCUGGAAUACCUGGAAACAAGAAACUGGCAAGAAGCAUUUUUUACUAUUUUACCCCAACGGAAAGGAGCUGUUCCUACAGACAAAGCCUGUGAAAGUUCUUCCCAUGACAAGCAGUGUAGCAGGACUGAAGGUGGAUCUGAUAGUGAUUCCAGUGAGGGGGAAUGUAGCAGAAAUGAACCAGACUCACCUCGGAAAGAGGAAAAGCAGGAUAAGAAAAAUAGCACUGAAUCUGCAGUAAACUCUACACCACAUUAAUGCUAACUGUUUCUCUUUUAGCUUAAGGAGAAAUCGGGACAAAGUAAGGUGUGUCAUAAAAUACUCAAAUUGUAAGAAAGUUUUAUUCUUAUUUCAUCUGUGAAUUUUCAAACAUUUUUAAAACAGCU